GGCGCCCUGCUCCUGUGGUCCGCGUGGAAGAUGUUCAACGAGGAGGAGGAGAGGAGGACGAUGGGAUGUCCGAGCACACAGCAGGGAAUUCGUGGAUGAUGCGCAUCAUGACGAGCGUCAUCCCUUACAACGCCAAGGCGAAGGGGCACAAAUUCAUCGAGUACACCAACGGCCAGGCAUAUGCGACCCCCAUGUUCGCGGCCCUGGUUGUUGUCGAGUUGAGCGACCUGCUCUUCGCGGUGGACUCCAUCCCCUGCAUACUGGGCCUGACCCACGACCUCUUCCUCGUGUUCAGCUCCAACAUGUUCGCGAUCCUCGGCCUCAGAUCCCUGUACCUCCUGCUCGCGGAGGCGCUGGACAACAUCAAGAACCUCAAGACAGGCUUGGCCGUCGUGCUGGCCUUCGUGGGCACGAAGAUGAUGCUCGGGGAGGGGACUGGUUCCCGCUGCCGCAGUCCGUCUCGCUGCUGAUCAUUUUCGGAGAGGGGGCAUCCUCGGAGCCACCGCCGCCACGAGUUACAUGGGCAUCAGCCUCGAGCGCCCAGCGAAGCUGCAGCUUCCAAUGUGAGCCCGCCGCCGACCGGGCCUCCUCGGAGGGGCUCCUUCCCUCCACCUCCCGCUCACCCUCGCGUCCCUUCCUCCUCCUUCCCUCUCUUCUCCCUCCCUCCCUCCAGCCCCCUCCCAGGCUCAGGCGACAGCGGUGGACCCGUGCGCGUUUUUUGUUCCCCCCCUCGGCGGCCGUCGGCGAGUAGGGGUGCAAAAAGAGCGGCACUGCGAGGCUGGAGGGCCAGAGAGGAAGCUCACUACCUAGAAAUGUUCAGGAUCUGAUGGCUUAUGAGGUGCAGGUGCGCUGGGUGUCCCGCUAGAGCGCCUGGAAUGCUAUUACGCCGCCACCGCCUCUGGUCCCUUUCCCGCC